AUGGAGGACAAUCUGGGGACCAGCUCCUCUGCAAACCAUGCCACAGAGAGGCUGGCAAAAGGCAUUGGGUACACGUGGAGCACCAGUCAACCUCACAGAAUGAUUGAAGAUUGUGGGAAAAGAGGAAAUACCAUGGCAGAAAGAAGGCAGCUGUUUGCAGAAAUGCGGGCUCAAGAUCUGGAUCGCAUCCGCUUGUCCACCUACCGAACAGCGUGCAAGCUUAGGUUUGUGCAGAAGAAAUGCAACCUGCACCUGGUGGACAUCUGGAACGUGAUAGAAGCCUUGCGGGAAAACGCAUUGAACAACCUGGAUCCCAACAUCGAACUGAACGUGGCUCGCCUGGAAGCUGUGAUUUCAACUAUCUUCUACCAGCUCAACAAAAGGAUGCCGACAACCCACCAGAUCAAUGUGGAGCAAUCCAUCAGCUUAUUGCUCAACUUCUUGCUAGCGGCCUUUGAUCCGGAAGGACAUGGUAAAAUUUCCGUUUUUGCUGUCAAAAUGGCCUUGGCAACUCUUUGUGGAGGAAAGAUCAUGGACAAAUUAAGAUAUAUUUUCUCAAUGAUUUCCGACUCCAGUGGAGUGAUGGUUUAUGGCAGAUACGACAUGUUUCUGCGGGAGGUUCUCAAGCUGCCCACGGCUGUUUUCGAAGGGCCUUCCUUCGGUUACACUGAGCAGUCAGCAAAAUCCUGUUUCUCGCAACAGAAAAAAGUCACAUUAAACACUUUCUUGGAUACGCUCAUGUCUGAUCCUCCGCCACAGUGUCUAGUGUGGUUACCACUUCUGCAUCGACUGGCAAAUGUUGAAAAUGUCUUCCACCCCGUCGAGUGUUCCUACUGCCACAGCGAGAGCAUGAUGGGGUUUCGCUACCGCUGCCAGCAGUGUCACAAUUACCAGCUCUGUCAGGACUGCUUCUGGAGGGGCCAUGCCAGCGGUUCCCACAGCAACCAGCACCAAAUGAAAGAGUACACGUCAUGG